GCCGGGCUGCACACGGCCAUACCCCUGCAUCUUGCUGAGGGUGCAAGGCCCCAGCUCCGCGGUGCACCGGCGCCCGCGGGGAUGAAGGGGAGGUGGCGGCACGGGUAGGUCUGGACGCGGACCGAGUUCUUGGCUCAGCCACAGGGCAGCAGCCAUGAGCCUGGUAGCCUGUGAGUGUCCACCUGGCCCUGGACUCGAGCCUGAGCCUUGCUCACGAGCACGGUCCCAGGCCCGCGUGUACCUGGAGCAGAUUCGCAACCGGGUGGCUCCAGGGGCACCUGACAUGACCAAGCACGACUACCUGGUGGAUGCAGCCACGCAGAUACACCUGGCUCUGGAACGCGAUGUCAGUGAGGACUACGAGGCAGCCUUCAACCACUACCAGAACGGUGUGGACGUUUUGCUGCGAGGCAUGCACGUCGACCCCAACAAGGAGCGGUGUGAGGCAGUAAAGCUGAAAAUUGCCAAGUAUCUGCAGCGGGCAGAGGAGAUCUUCAAUUGCCACCUGCAAAGGACGCCGGGCAGUGGAGGCAGCCCUGCUGUGGGUUUCAGCAGCCUGAGGCUCCGGCCCAUCCGGACACUGAGCUCUGCCCUGGAGCAGCUGAGGGGCUGCAGAGUGGUUGGGGUCAUUGGGAAGGUGCAGCUGGUCCAGGACCCAGCAACUGGAAGGACCUUCGUGGUGAAGAGCCUGUCUAGGUGCCAUGCAGUGAGCCGGGAGCGGCAGACCAUCAUCCCACGUGGUGUCCCCUACAUGACCAAGCUGCUGCGCUACUUUAUGAGUGAGGACUCCAUCUUCCUGCACCUGGAGCACGUGCAAGGAGGCACUCUCUGGUCCCACCUGCUCUCCCAGGCGCACCCUCCACAAUCUGGGCCCAGGUCUGGCUCCAGCCUGGAGAGGAUGAAGGCUCCGCUCAACGCAUCUGUCAGCUUCCGGGCCCCAGCGCUGCUCCCCCGGGGCCAUACCCGCCUGCAGGACAGAAUCCCCCUAAAGCCCCCCUGGAUUUCUCAGAGCCUUCCCCCUAACAGGGGGGCCCCACACAUCAGUCCCCAGAGAGAGGCUGGAGGUGAACCCCCAGCCAGGACCCAUACUUCCUACCCCUCAGAACUUCCAAAGGCCCCAAGUGGCCCCCAGCACCUCCAAGCCAGGCAGGGACCUGGCCAGAGAUUGGACAUGGGUCCCUCCUGGGGGCUCCCUUGGGUUCAAGAGGGAGCUGCCUGGGUGCUGGGGGGCUAUGGCCAUGGCAGAGGUCAGAGCCACCCCUCGAUGGAUGGCGGGAACCUGGGUCUCAGCGGGGGUGCCUGGAAUGUGCAGGAAGAGCAGGUGAAGCAGUGGGCAGCAGAGACGCUGGUGGCCCUAGAGGCGCUGCACGAGCAGGGGGUGCUGUGCCGGGAUCUCAACCCCAGGAACCUGCUCCUGGACCAGGCAGGUCACAUCCGGCUCACAUAUUUUGGCCAGUGGUCAGAGGUGGAGCCCCAGUGCUGCAGAGAGGCUUUGGACAACCUCUAUAGCGCCCCAGAGGUGGGUGGGAUUUCUGAGCUGACGGAAGCCUGUGACUGGUGGAGCUUUGGGUCUCUGCUGUAUGAAUUGCUGACUGGAAUGGCACUGUCCCAGAGCCACCCUUCGGGAAUCCAGGCCCACACCCAGCUUCAGCUGCCCGAGUGGCUCAGUCGCCCAGCGGCCUCCCUGCUGACUGAGCUGCUGCAGUUUGAUCCCACCCGGCGCCUGGGUGCUGGAGGAGAUGGUAUCAACAAGCUCAAGUCCCACCCCUUUUUCAGUACCACCCAGUGGAGCAAACUGGUGGGGUAAGGGCCGGUGGAGUAGGCAACAGAAGCAGCUGGACUGGUCUGGAUCUCCCCUCUUCCUGCCUGCCACCCAGAGCUGGCCCUUCUACUCAGUGACCCUCAGGCAAAGAAUGCAGGGCAGCAGCCUUUCCUGGUCAGCCCCCUCCCUUGUGCCUCAGAAGUAACUGCCACUGCCCAGGAAGGGCCUAGGGAAUGCCCAGCCAGCUCUUGGAGAAACCCACUGUGGUCACUGCUGAGGGGGAGGGUUGGGAAGGGAGAUCUCCCCCUGCUCAGUGGCUUGGAGCCCUCCACCCAUCACUCAACAGGUAUCUGUUGUGCACACCCUGUACCUUGAAUGCAUAUCUAUGUGUUAAAGGGUGCCUCUGCCUCCUUAGCACUGGACUACUGACCAUCUGCUUAGCUGACCAGGUUUUGUGACUCAUUAUCUGUCCCACUUGGGACAUCUCUGGAGUCUCUUCUCACGAUACCAGUCCACUGGCUCAAUGGACCCAAACCAGGGCUCUCUGGCUGGUCAUCACAGCCAUGCUAAGUGGGCCUCUUCUACCAGGCUACACCUGCUGGGGUGAGCAGGCCAGGGAAGCAGGAAAGACAUCUGUAGUGGGCAUUGGGUGAAAUAGGGGACAGGGUGAUCCACUCCCCCCACCUUUACCAUGCCCCCUAUCUUGUGAUUUUAGACUUUGGAGCAAGAGGGAGGGGAACACAGUAAGGAUAAGGAAUGGGGAGAGGGGGGAAUGCACAGCUUGCCGCUUAAAGCAGUUUUGAAAACAGAGUAAGAUCUUUUGCGCACGUAGUCCACGGGUGUGGACUGCAGGGAGCCUGCCUGAUGGGUCUGAGAAACCACGAAUCAGCCUUCAGGCUGAAGCUGUUAAGAUAAGUUGUACCCAUUAGGGUUCCCUUCUCAGGCAUUUUCCAUUUACCAUUUUGUAUUUUAGUCUUAGGCUCCACUCAAUUCAUAGUGCACUGUGACCCCAUCCCCUUUUAAAAUGAGAAAUCACAAGACACACAGAAUGAGUGCCGAAGUUUUUAGCUAGAAGCAAGAUAUUUCUGGUUUCUUUAGAGCCUGGGGUAGUUACCCCCAAAGACGAUCCCUUCCCCAAGUUUGGAGGCUCACCUAUUCCACUCAGGACUCACACUGUCACUGGGGUGGGGCACCUAAAACAGAAACUUCCAGCGGACAGCGGAUCUCUGGCCCCAACUC